GUAAAUAAACAUUGGUCUAUGCUCAAACUCACGUGUUGAAAGAAUUACUGCCAGUGAGUUCGUGGCCGAUGGGAAUUAAGAUUGAACCCGCCAACCCCGCAACAACAUGGAGGCGAUCCUUUCACAGACUCGCUCCAAAGUCCAAUCCUUGAUAGCCAAGCCGGAACAGUUUCUCCAAAGUCCUAAGGAGUCCUUAAUACUGACCUCUCAAUCGAUCACGAAGAUUCUUUAUGACUUGGCCAAGUUGAAUGAAGAUCCUGAGGAUCAAAGUGGAAAAGCUAAAUCCACUUUGAAGGAACUCAUCAUCGAAGGUUUUGAUCAUGAGCAAAUUUGGGCUCAGAUUCAGUUACAGAAUGAAGCCACGUUGCCCAGCCUUCAAAAGCAGAUUUGGUUAUGGGAAAAUGGUCCAAAGGAGUGGAACCUCUUGGCUGGAACCAAGAGGGUCCAAAAUAAGCGAAAACUGGAACUAGAAAAUGGCAUCGACCUCGAGGAUCCCAAGAAAGGUAAAUAUGAGGAGCCACAAGAUGACACGGACGAAGAUGAUCUGAAUGGCAUGAAUGACAUGAAUGACCCAAUCCAGGAAGCCGAAACCGAUGAUGACUAUGACAGCGAAAAAGAAGCUGAAGAGGAGGAAGUUGAUCUCGAAGACGACCAAGAGGAGAAUGAAGAAGAUGCCAUAUUCAAUGAUCCUGAUUUUCAAAAUAUGUCGGAUUCAGAUGGCGAUGACUUACCUCUAUUUGAGAAUGCCAAAAGCGAAGAUGAGGCCAGCGAAGAUGAAGAAGAAAGAGAAAAGAAAGAAUUGGAACGGGAAACAAAGAAAAAGGCCAUCGAUAGUCAAGCUGAUGACUAUUUGGCCAAGGCCAUGAGCUCAAUUCGACAAAAAAAGACUGAAGUGGAUGAUGAUUUUUUCAAGCUGAACGACAUGGCGUCCUUUCUGGACCAGGAAGACCAAAAAGAAGACCGUAGACGCAUGCGAGAGGAAAGAGGCUUGGAAAACGAUGAUGAUGAUGAUGAUGACGAUGGGAUUGACCUAUUUGAUGAUGUGGGUGGCAACAGUGAAGAGGAGCAAACCAAUUUUCAAGGAUAUUUUGGGUCUGGAGACACACCUCAAGGAGACCUAAACGAGGACGAGCCAAAACUUGAAGCUGAAGCGGUUUCAACCGACAAACCUUGGCAAUUGAAGGGCGAGAUCGCGGGUCCUGCACGGCCUGAAAAUUCCCUUCUCCAAGAACACCUGGAUUACGAAACCGUAGCCAAGCAAGCUCCCAUCAUAACCGAGGCCGUGUCCAAGCGUUUAGAGGAUAUAAUUCUCCGCAGAAUCAAAGAUAAAGCCUGGGACGACGUGGAGAGAAAAAUAAAACCCGUCGAAGACCCUUACGAAUACAAGAAGCGUCUGGUUUUAGAUCAAGAGAAGAGCAAACUCAGUCUAGCCGAAGUCUAUGAGCAAGACUAUCUCAAGAAAAAGUCUGAUCUCGAGAACGCCGAUAAGACCUCAGGCGUGCUUGAUCGCGAGGAUGAAGAUGAUCCCAAGGAAGUCGAAGCCAUCAAGGCUAGCAUGCACGCACUCUUUGCCAAACUCAACACCCUGACCCACUUCCACUACACACCACAAAAUGUGAACACUGACGUGAAAAUCGUCAAAAACGUUCCGGCGAUUGCCAUCGAAGAAGUGGCGCCAAUUUCGCAUAGCGACGCCGCUCUUUUAGCGCCACAAGAAAUGCUUGAAAAGGGCGGCAAAAGAGAACUGGAAUUGGACGCCACAGAGAAAACAGAGACGGAUCGGAAACGUGAGCGAAGGAAGAAGAAGACCAAGCAAAGGGCCAUUCGCAAGGACAAAGAACAGCGCGAGAAGCUGGUUAACAAGCUCAAUCCUGGGUUGGGGAAUAAAUAUAGCAAGGAGAAGAUGAAGAAGGAGCUGCAGAGGGCCGAGAAGAAGGGCGAAAUAACAAGUUUGAAAGACAAGGGUCAGGCCAAAGGGGUUAAGUCCUCGUCGGCCUUCUUCAAUCAAUUGCAGGAGGAGACCCAUAACGUGGUUAAACGGGCCAAGGAGGAGUCGCAAAAGCAGAAGAACAAGGCCAGCUCUAAGGCCAGUAAAUUCAAACUCUGAGUGGUUGGUUCUUUUUCUCAUAUAUUUUUUCGUGUUGGAAUACAUAUUAUUCAAUUACCAAGGA